UUAAAGACAAAAUUAUUUUUAAUCCAAAAUUGAAAUUAAAUUUUUAUUAUUUUGUAAUUGCUGAUCGUGAUAUUGUACUUCAGGGUGAAGUCUUCCUAAAACCUUCCCCGUUUUUUUUCUCCAGUAUAAGCACACUACAAAGAUUUUUCAUUUGAAAAAUAAAAAAAAACCUUAAAAGCAUAGCCAAACAUUUUCCGCUCUUUCAUAUUCGUCCUUCGACAUUUUUCGUACCUCUUACUGCAGAGGAUAAUGUAAAAAAAAUACUUAUAUAAUAUUAUAUUCAACACUGUAAUAAUUUGUUCCAACGCCAUUUUAUUAUCAAUCCCUUAUCAACGCGGUAACGUACUUAGUGGUUGUCGUCAGUCGGUGGGUACAAUCAAUAUUCAAGCUGUCUGCUGUAAUCGAUAUUCGAUGUUCAACAGUAGCAUGUUUUGUUUCUGUCUGACAUUGAAUUUAAUUCCAUUAAAAAUUAGUUUGUAGUCAUAGGGUUUGAGUUAAGUUCUUUCAAAACCAAAAACAAUGUCGGAUUAUGACAGUGACGUGGGCAGUUACCGUGGCGGCAGCGAUAGUGAGGAAGAGUCAAAUGUAUAUCACAAGCAUUCACCGAGCCGCAGUGCCAGCAGAAGUAGAAGUAGAAGUCGAUCGGGUAGUGGCUCGGAAGCUGAAGAAAAUAACCAAGAGGAAGAAGUCGCGGAUGAACAAGAACCUGAAGGCGAAGAUUUAAACUCGGAGGAUGAAUAUGACGAAGAAGAAGAUGAAGAAAAUGAUCGUCCAGGAAAGAAAAAAAAGAAGAAUGAACGUUUUGGUGGUUUCAUUAUUGAUGAAGCUGAUGUUGAUGAUGAAGUCGAAGAAGACGAAGAGUGGGAAGACGGUGCCGGUGAUUAUGGUAUUGUUGCAAAUGAAGUAGAUGAAUUAGGUCCUACUGCUAGAGAAAUUGAAGGACGCAGACGUGGAACAAACCUUUGGGACUCUCAAAAUGAGGACGAAAUUGAAGAAUAUUUAAAAAAAAAGUAUGCAGACGCUUCUGUAGCAAUUAAACACUUUGGAGAUGCAGGCGAUGAACUUGCUGAUGAAAUCACACAGCAAACGCUUUUACCAGGCGUUAAAGAUCCAAAUUUAUGGAUGGUCAAAUGUCGUAUUGGCGAAGAGAAAAGUACGGCUUUGUUAUUAAUGAGAAAAUUUAUCGCUUAUCAGUUCACGGAUAACCCAUUAAAAAUAAAAUCAGUGGUUUCGCCUGAAGGGGUAAAAGGUUAUAUAUACAUUGAAUCGUACAAGCAGACUCACGUUAAGACAGCCAUAGAAAAUGUUACCAGCCUUAAAAUGGGGAUUUGGAAGCAACAAAUGGUUCCUAUUAAAGAAAUGACUGACGUACUGAAAGUGGUCAAAGUUCAAACAGGUUUGAAACCGAAACAAUGGGUGCGGUUGAAAAGAGGUUUAUACAAAGACGACAUAGCUCAAGUAGACUAUGUAGAUUUGGGUCAGAACCAAGUGCAUUUAAAAUUAUUACCAAGAAUAGAUUACACCAGGCCUCGCGGUGCGUUAAGGUCUUCAAUGGAUUCAGAAGCUUUAAAAAGGAAAAAGAAAAGACGUCCAGCCGCCAAACCUUUUGACCCAGAAGCAAUUAGAGCUAUUGGUGGUGAAGUAACCAGUGACGGUGAUUUUUUAAUAUUUGAAGGAAAUCGUUACAGUCGUAAAGGGUUUUUGUAUAAAAAUUUCUACAUGAAUGCAAUCUCAACUGAUGGAGUUAAACCUACAUUGUCGGAACUUGAAAAAUUUGAAGAAACUCCCGAAGGCAUCGACAUUGAAUUGCCUAAUGUCAAUAAAGAUAGUUCAACGAACAGUCAAGCCUUAAGUGCAGGUGACAAUGUUGAAGUUUGUACUGGAGAAUUGAUUAACCUCCAAGGUAAAGUGAUAUCGAUCGACGGUGAUAUGGUUACUAUCAUGCCAAAGCACGAUGAUCUCAAGAUGCCGUUGGAAUUUACCGCUAAUGAACUCAGAAAAUUCUUCAAACAAGGUGACCAUGUCCGAGUAGUUGGUGGACGUUACGAAGGAGACACAGGUCUUAUUGUGCGUGUUGAACAAAAUCGUAUCGUGUUAUUCUCCGACGUGACAAUGCACGAGCUAGAAGUUUUACCUCGUGAUUUGCAAUUAUGUUCGGAUAUGGCUUCUGGAGUGGAUUCACUUGGGCAAUUCCAAUGGGGCGAUCUUGUUCAAUUAGAUCCGCAAAAUGUGGGUGUUAUAGUGAGAAUUGAACGGGAGAAAAUGCACAUACUUAACAUGGCUGGAAAAUUAGUUGAAGCAAAACCCCAAUCUCUGAAUAAAAAGAAAGAACACAGAAACACUCUUGGUGUGGACGCACUUGGCAAUUCUGUGCAGAGGAAAGAUGUUAUUAAAGUCAUUGACGGGCCCCAUACAGGAAUGCAUGGAGAAAUCAAACAUCUCUAUCGGCACCAUGCCUUUUUAUACUCUCGUUUAAUGACUGAUAACGGAGGAAUUUUUGUGUGCCGUCUAAGACAUAUAGCGUUGGCUGGAAAUACAACUAAUAAAGCUAUAACUGCUCCACAAAAUGGAUUCGCAUCUCCACAAAUCACAUCACCUCGUCAUACACCCGGCAGUCCAUUUGGUGCUGGCGGACGUGGAGGUGGUGGUGGCGGCGGUGGAGGUGGAGGAAGUAGAUUUGGUGGAGUACGCAGAGACCGAGACCUAAUUGGUCAAACAAUACGAAUCACUGGUGGUCCUUAUAAAGGAGCUGUUGGCAUUGUUAAAGAUGCGACUGAGUGUACGGCCAGGGUUGAGCUUCACUCAUCGUGUCAAACUAUAUCGGUCGAUAGGAGAAAUAUCACAAUAGUUGGACAACAACAGAAGGAUGGAAGAUUAACAUCGUCAUACUCUAGAACACCUUCUAAUGGCAUGAUGACACCUGGAUAUCGUGAAGGAGGCAAGACGCCUGUGCAUGGCUCGAUGACUCCUAAUUACGAAGCUGGAAGCCGUACUCCAGCCUACGGAAGUAUGACACCUUCCCACGAUGGAUCUAAGACGCCUACACAAGCUUGGGAUCCUGCUGCAGGAUACACUCCAGCUAGAGACGACGAACUAGAAUAUCCAAUGGACCCUAAUACACCCUAUGCUCAAACACCAAACACACUAUUUGGAUCAGAUCAUUCGUAUUCGCCAUAUCAAGCAGUAUCACCAUCUGGUAGUGGUUAUACUAGCAGCGCUGCUAGUGUUCAGUAUCAUCCUGCACCGUCGCCUUCAGGUUCGUACACAAGUUUAAUGACCCCGUCAUCAGUGUCUUCUCCUGGGAUCGCAGCUCCUUCUUUGUCGUCAUUUGGUUCAAACUUCAAUGGAUUACCAGUGGGUUGGCACACUACAGACAUUUAUGUACGUAUAGGAGAUUCAGAUUUGGCCGGACAGACAGGAAUUAUUAAAGAAGUGGGCGAAGCGAUGUGUAUAUUGUAUUUGCCAGACGAAGAUCGAGAAGUGACAAUUGAAAACGAAAAUCUGGAGCCGAUCAUGCCCAAAUUAAAUGACUACAUCAAAGUUUUGGCCGGUCAGCACUUAGGCAGAACAGGCAGUAUGGUAGCACUAGAGGGCAGUGAAGCAGUAGUAGUAAUGCCGGACGAAAAGAACCCAAUGCUCGUUCCAUUGUUAUAUUUAUGUAAAGCAAACUAAUUUUUUUUAUAACUUAUAAGGAAUGUAAGAAAUAAGUACGUAAAUAAGUAAUAUGUACUAAUAAUUGCAGGUUUUUCUGUUAAGUAUAUAGUAUUACUAAAAUAAUUAUUGCAAACAAUUAUGUUCAAUUUAAUUAUUGACAAAAACAUUAUUUUAUAAACAAAAAUAGGAGCCAGCGUACUUGUAUCCAAAUUGUAUUUUAAUUCUGAUUUGUUUCCAUUUUUUUUUAAGACUA